AUGACUGUAACAUAUACCGGCGAAGUUGCUACCUGCCGUGGAUUUGGCACAUUUUUAAAAGUUUUGUACAGAUGGCGCGGAAGUAUAUACAAAUUAGUAUGGCUGGAUUUAUUAGUAUUUUUACUAUCGUACUAUAUACUAAACUUAAUUUAUCGAUUGCUUUUAAAUGAAGAAUCUAAAAGGACAUUUGAGGGAGUGGUGAAUUAUUGCAGUUUUCAUGGCAACGUCAUUCCAUUGUCUUUCGUGCUCGGUUUUUAUGUAACCGUAGUGAUGAAUCGUUGGUGGAAUCAAUACACAACUAUACCAUGGCCAGACUCGAUCGCAGUGUUUGUUUCCGCAUCCAUUCACGGACAGGACGAACGAGGGAGGCUGAUGCGCCGAACUAUAAUGCGCUAUGUAUGCGUCUGCCUUACCAUGGUGUUAAUAAACAUAUCUCCUCGUGUUAAAAAGCGAUUUCCGACCCUUAACAAUUUAGUAGAAGCAGGUCUUCUUCUUGAAAAUGAAAAGUUAAUUUUAGAAAAUUUAAAUAAUAAGUUUCCAAAGCCAUCAAAACAUUGGUUACCCAUAGUGUGGGCUACAAGUAUAGUGACGAGAGCCCGCAAGGAGGGCAGAAUAAGAGAUGACUUCGCCGUAAAAACAUUGAUUGACGAAUUAAACAAAUUCAGAGGGCAAGCAGGACUCUUGCUUAGCUACGACACUAUCAGUGUUCCUUUAGUAUAUACACAGGUAGUUACCAUUGCCGUUUAUUCAUAUUUCAUAACGUCUGCACUCGGUAGUCAAUGGGUUGAUAAUAAGCUGCAAUCACAUAGCUCAUCAGUCUAUAUAAGUAAUAUAGAUCUAUAUUUUCCAAUAUUCACAACGCUAGAGUUCUUCUUCUAUAUGGGUUGGUUGAAAGUAGCCGAGUCUCUCAUAAAUCCGUUCGGCGAAGACGACGACGACUUCGAAGUUAACUGGCUGAUAGACAGAGAUUUAAUGGUAUCUUAUAUGAUUGUCGACGAAAUGCACCACGAGCAUCCAGAACUGAUCAAGGAUCAGUACUGGGAUGAAGUAUUCCCGUCUGAGUUGCCGUAUACAAUAGCGACGGAGAAUCAAAGGGAGGAGCAUCCAGAACCUUCGACAGCUCGCGUUGCCGUGCCACCUCGACAGAGAAGCAUGGUCACCGUAGCACCCUCCAGCGUGAAAAUCGACGAAAUGAUACCUUCCAACACCGUGAGUUACAAGUUCGCCCCGCCCGAGCAAUUACAAAUGAACGAUGACGCGCAGUCCGGCAUACAUUUUAUAGUGUCAAGGGGAAGUAAACGCGGGAAGAAAGACGACAGAAAUUCUAUGGGAUCGAGUAAUUCGAUGGCGUCGUUGCAACAAACGCCCAUGACUCGAACCAAUUCCGUCACGUCUAUGUUGAAAAAAUUGUUCUCGAAAGAUGAUCAGAGACAACAAUCUGCAACUGCUACACAAACUGAUAGUGGCAAUCGUUUCAUGAUAUCGGCCAGUAACCCUACACUGAACAAGCCGGCUACUGCGGGAGGUAGUAUGAAAAUCGCUAACGAGGUAAUUGAGGAGGUCGACGAACAGGCCACCAUCACCAGUAUGGGGAAACGACCCGAUAACAGGCCGACAGCCAUGAGUUUAUUCGCACAAGGACCGCCAGCGCCGAGCGAACCAAUGAAUGUUCCUUCUAGAAAUUCUAAUUAUAGUUCUAAGGACACGCGUCUGUCGACAUCAGCUCCAUUGCCAUGGGCGCGGGGUGGGGACGGGAGCGCGGGGGAGGUGGAGUGCAGUCCCACGGCGAAGUCCCUGAGUACGCAGCCGUCCUUCCCCGGCAUGGAGCGGCCUCGCCUCGACAGCGAUGUCGGACCCUCACUCAGCGCCGCCGGCAGUCAGACCCUCAUGGAUGAAGUUGACGGUGGCGAUGAUGAUAUGGAUGAUUUUGAUCGCCUUCGAAGCAGCCGUGAGCAACAUCGACGGGAAAAGUAUUUACAGAAAUUGAUGGCUCGCUCUGUGAGUGCACAACAGCCAAAUGGAAGUGCAGAAUUGUUAGACAAUGAUUUAAUAAUAGAGGAGCUCAUAAAACAAUGUCAACAAACGAAGACGGAUGAAGAUUGUAAACAAGAGACAUCUUGACGAAGCUGCAUUUUCUGUUGGGAUUAAAUUGGACAUCUCUAAUAACUCAGUAUUAAAUAUUGUGAUACUUAUAUUUAUUGUUAUAAGUACAGCUUGAAAAAUCAUGUACAUAAUUUUGGUGUAAAUAAAAUUAUUCCAAAUGAA